GGAAGUUCAAUCAGCAGGAAGUGACGAGAGGCGUGACUGGGACUCAGGGAUCCUCUGCUUCCUCCAUUGAGAAUAGCCGGAACUGAAACAGAGCCGUCAGGAUGUUGCGCAACAAUGUAAUAACGUCUUUCAUGAAGAAGAUGGUAACGACGCAACCGGAAGCCGGCGCAUCGGGAUCAGUUACGCCAGAGGAGAGCGGAAAGACCUUGAGCAAACUGUGGCAGCUGGGAAACAUCAUAGCGACAGGGAAUGUGGCGAAGCCGGCCAAGGUCACCCCGGUGGAGGACAUUCAGCCCAAAGAGGAGACUUCCGCGAUUGAAUCUCUGAAACCAAAGUCGGAAACGGGUGGAAAGACAAGCAGCGGGGACGACUGUAGAGUAUGUCGAAAGUCGUUCGGCCCUGAGGAGGUUUCGCGAACUUGUUGCGAGUGUCAACACAAGGUCUGCGAGGACUGCGCGUCGUACUCGACGACAACGAAUUCCGACGAUCCGUCUUCCUGGCGAUGUAGCGUUUGUCGUCGAAAGAUCGCCUCGAGGGACCAGCCGAUUGUAACGCAGGAAUCCACGGAUUCGCUGCUGGACGUGCCAAUUCUGGAAGCGCUCCAGAGGAGGCACAGCGAUGCCCGGCUUGGCCCUACCGGAAGCCAAAUAGGCGCACUCGGAAGCGGACUCGCUCCACCGCGAAGUCCGGAAAUCCGAAGGCAUUCUGACGUUUCACCGGCCAGUCUCAAAGAACUCGAAAAGUUUCGAAAGGUUGCAGGAGAACGCCGCGAGGAGCUCAGAUGGGAGCGUGAUUUGGACCGGAAGAGCAAGUCGAGAGGUGGUUCGCCCGAUCGUCAUCAGGUCUCCGACAGAGGGAGAGCGACCAGCCCUCAAAGGGUCGUUAUGCCGGCUCAGACUCAGGGUGCCGAGCAGGAAGCCGGCGAUCUGGACGACGAGGAGGAGCGUCGGCGUCGCGCUCGUCGAGGAGGUGGCACGGUUCGUCGUAAAUCUCGCGUGACCAGACAGCGAUCCUACGACGACGAAAUCAAAACAGCAGCCGCGAUGGCCGGGGGUGGCGCGCAGCCUACGCACCCCGAUACCGGCCUAGGACUUCCGGUUCAGCUGCCAAGACGAGCAUCCGCUUACGAUGUUUAUGCCGCACCCGGAGGCAGUGGCCUUAACGCGAUGGCCAUCGCCGCUGCCCAGCAGAGAGCCUCCAUGUCAGCGCAGGGUGCCCGGGAAUCUGAAGAGCGGCCAACUGCGCGCAGAUCCUCCUUCCGUGCCGUAAAGCCGGUGAUGCCCUACGAGGUCGUGGCCGACGACGAAAAGAUGAUUAAGCUCGACUCGUCAUCUGCACCUGCGGUGGCACCGCCCGUGUCGCAACCCGUUCUCGUGCCCGAUGAGGAGAGGCGCAAUCGGCGAAGGGGCUCCCAAUUACCCGACAUAAACGCAAUAAGGGCAUUGACAUCGGCCCAACCAGGAGCACCAAAGGGCGCCCCUACGACAGCCGUUAGCAGGGUCGCGGCUGAAGAACGCGAAUUGCCUAGACAGAGCAGUCUGGUCGACGGAGAAGGUAUCAAGAUCGUCAUUCACGAUGUCGAUAGUGAUCUCGCUCCACGGAUGAAUGCGAAGAGGAGGGUGAAGCUCAGGAGGGAUCCGGUCAUGGAUAAAGGACACAGAACGCGCGGAUUUGGCAUGAGGGUGGUCGGUGGCAAGACCGGGUCAGAUGGCCGCACCUUUGCCUGCAUUGUUUGGACCGUGCCGGGUGGUCCCGCCGAGAAGGCCGGUUUGCAGCAAGGCGACAAGGUGCUAGAAUGGUCCGGCGUGUCUCUGAUCGACCGUAGCUUCGAAGAGGUGCAGCAAAUAAUCGAGCGGACCGACGAUGUGGCGGAACUGGUGGUAGAACAUGCGACCGAUAUCACUGGAGACUUGCUGGACGAUCCGCAAGCCGGCAAAACACCUCCAAAUUUGGGCCUGCUGAUGGACACCGAAACGGACAAAACGCCCUCGUCGCCAACGCGCAGGAAACUGCCAAAGACGCCGGAGCAACUAGCAAAGGAGAGGCAAGUGACCGGUCGCGUACAGAUUCAGGUUUCGUACGAAACGGAACGCAAAGAACUGGUCGUUUCGGUCUUUAUGGCUGAUGACUUGUGUGCUCGGGAAGACACCGGAUUCGGCACGUUACCAGAGGCUUUUGCCAAGCUCGUCCUUGCACCGCCAUGCGGCGAUAGAACUCCUUUGAAAACUAUCGUUGCUGAACCGACCCAGAAACCUAUCUGGAACGCUACAUUGUUCUUUACCGGAGUUGAUGGGGAGAGCCUGAUGGAACGUGCAAUCGAGGUGACUCUUUGGGAUUACUGUCCCGAAGGCGACAAUGUGUUCCUUGGUGAAUGUACUGUCGAUGUUCAGCGAGCUCUUGAAAAUGACAGAGCAGUUUGGUACCGGCUGGAAGACCCACGCGGACUUCGAACAGGCAAGUCGCCGUAUUGUUCGCCACGCGGCUCGCUGACGAUGGACAUUGCCCAGAGAUUGCUGAGGAAAGAGCUGCGAGACCGUAGUUAUAGCGACGAUACGCAGAGUGACAGCGGCAGUCCGGAAUUUUGCUUUCUGCACCCGGACCAGGCUUGGCACGGCAGUUCUAGACGCGGCUCCAGCCAGUCCGAACAGCUCGAGGUCGAGCCCUACGAGCUCAGUCGGGAUUACAGCAGAUCCUUGCCGGGUAGCCGUAGAAGUAGCUUCCAAAGUCAAGGCGGCACCGACAGUAAACGUGGAAGCAUGGGCGAAGCUGACAUGCCCAACGUAGUUUAUUACAAUCGUGAUCGACGGCGGAGCUCGUUCACCAGACCGAUGAGGGAUCCUGAGGAGAUUCUGGAGGGUCUGCGAUCAUUGAAGGCGGUCAAGGGCGAACUCAACAGAACUAUGAGUCUCUCUGGGGACAAGAGACGCAGCAGCAGCAGCCGGCGGGGUGAGCGCAAAGACAGCGUAAUGGAGAUUCCUGAAAAAUUUUAUGAUCGAAACAGCGAAUCCGACGAAGAUGAAAAAUGGAGCCAGUCGGCAAAAAAUGAAAAUGGCGUCGACCUGAAACUGGGUCGCGGACAGGUGGUGCCAAGGGCAUUUAAAAUAAUCAGCGGUGCGCAGAAUGGCGAAAUGCAGCUAGGAUUCUACCUCUGCAAGGGAAAUCUAGAAGUCGAGGUAAUCUGCGCAAGGGAUGUCUGUCCCGAGGAGAAAGAGGAGCCAGACACUUACGUGAAGACGUACUUGCGGGAACGGGACGGCGAAAAGUGGCUGCAGAAGCGCAAGACUCGCGUAGUGCGACACUCGAAAAAUCCGCAGUAUCGACAAACGCUCAAGUACAGCCGCUGCGACGUCCUGCAAGGUAGGCAUUUGCUGGUGAUGUUGUGGGAAAAAAAGCAGGGCUUCGAGAGCAAUCAAGGGUUGGGUGGCGCCGAAGUGAACCUCGACUUGCUGCCGCCGAAGGAAUUCAUCUUCGACUGGUAUCCACUCUUUCCGAUCCACACCCUCGGCACGCACAACGCGGAUUCACCAUGAUGGCUAAGGGAAAAGUGGGCUCUCGAAGCUGGCGAGCUCGACCUCAGAUUGAGCCUUUUGCUCAAGGACGAGGGUGAGCCCGUCGUAAAGAUCAUCUCUUGAUGGAAAUCAUGGCUGAUUAUCUGGUAAUGCAGGUUUGUUUGAAUCUGACUUGAAUCUGAUCACAAUCUCCUUGAGACAGCAACGUUCCUUAUUAUUACAAGUCCUUGAGUGACGAGGCGUACGUUGUUCUAGAAAACAGAUAAAGUUUAUGCCGGCGAAGUUCCAGUCUUUCCGUGUUCCUGAGACUUUCCAAUCAUCGCUUCGACGUCUUGUUCAUAAGACUUUCUAUUUGUAAGAUGGAACUUGCUCCGAUAAAAGUGCUUUAGUUUCAUGCUAAAAUACAUCAUGUACGAGUAAGUUUCUCUGCUUGCUGAUAACGUCGAACUUGAUGCAUCAAAAUUUUUAUUAUUUUUUUCAAAUUUUAUAUAAGAUAUAUAAGAUUUGGAGAUUAUUCAUUAGAAUAUAUAAAGACUACAAUCAUGAGAAGUAAUAAAAUUGAUUAGUCAGUGACACGGAUCGACUAUGCGCUGUACGGCAAACUUGAUUUGAAAAAUCGAUAAUCACAUUUAGCAUUUAACCAGAGGACAAUCAACUUCAGAGAUGGUUUUAUCAUUGUUCAAGAAGACAAUCAAUUUUAAAGAUCGUAAUGGAAUGGAAUAACGUUUCCAUUGAACUCGCGCUUGUGGAACAACGUCAGCGUCGCCAAAAUUCGACAAAAAAAGUGAGAAUAAAGAAGAACCUAUUAAUAGAUUCCAAAGAACUGAGUUCCUUCAAUUAGCGCCUUUCGAGAUCCGCGAUUGCUUGGUCGGCAUUCGCGGACAUUUUAGCAAUAAAGGUGUACCUGCGCAAAUCUGUUCACACGAAUAAUAAAAGUAAAAGCAUAAAAAGAAAGGAAGAAGAUGAAGAUUAUUUUUUAGUAAGUGAUUACAGAGAGAAAUGAAGAUAGCCAUGUAUCCUGAUGAGAUGACAAGGGUCCAUUUUUCCCGAAACAGGAAUAAUAUCGACGGCAACGCCGAAUAUAAAGCGAAAUUUGAUCGACAUCUACCGUCGGCGAUGGUUUUAUCUGGUUGAUCCAGUCAGUGAUUCGAUCAAAUUUUGCACAAUUUAAUUCAAAUAUUUAAGGAUCAACAGCGACAAAUCCUGUCUGAUCCUUUCACGUCGACGAGGCGCUUCCAGAAUUCAUGCCGUGUCUUAUUUCUGUUUAACAUAGACGUUUGAUCUGGAAUGUGGAACAAUAAUAUCUACAUUAAUAAACAAAUUUCUAUAAUAUUUAUAUAAUUUAUACAUAAUUUUUAAGUAUACUAAUUUAUGUUACAUUUAAAAACAGAGACACCAAGAAAAAAUAUACAAAGAAUUUUCAAUUAAAAUACAAUUCAAUUAAUGCAUUGAAAUGUGACGCUUAUGCCAGAGAUUCGUAUGCGUUAACAUUAAUUUUCUAUUAUAUUUUGUUGCAUAUUACAAUCCUUUCGCUCUAUGCAAACGGUAAAACUUGUUACUAUAAAAUAAUUAUAAAUUAUAAAGUAAUUUAUAUACUAGCUCUUAUUUAUCAUUAAGAUAAGAAAAUAUCAGAAUUUUCUACACGCAUUGUCCACAUUCCAGAAAACAGAAAAUAGAAAUAAAUGUGAAUCAAACGGAAUGCCUCGAUUGAUGUAACUUGUUUCAACUAUUUAACGAUAGACAAUCGUUUCAAGAGCUCGCUGGCCGAGCCGAUGAUGAAAACAAAAAACGAAAAAAGCAAUCAGCUGGAGGUGGUGACGAGAUGGGUGGAUAAGAUAAUUUCGCGGCCAACUUGAAUAAUAAUCAAGCAAAAUCAGUGUUUAGAAGUCGCACAAUUUUUGUAGCUCGUAGACUGAUAGCAGGACGAACGGGCAGAUUUCUUCGACAUUUCUCAGAUCUAAUAUCGUCGUCCCGUUUUACAUAGCAUCUCGAAGAUUACUAUGACUCCGCGAAGCAAUCCCGAGUAAUAAUUAUAAUAGACGAUGUGCAAGACGAGCGAUCCGAUCGGCUACAAGAAAAAUUUUAAAAUCGGAGAAAAUACGACUAUGCGGCAAAUUCCAAAGCGAUUGCUUCGGGACGAUUUAUGAUGAUCCUCGGGAUACAUUAAUGUGAAUGUUUAAGUCCUACAGUGUCCCGCGAUUAAGGGGUUGAGGACAGAAUGGAUUGUCCGCACACUCACACAGAAUUAUUGCGCUUACCCCGCCCGAGUAAUUAGUGCUAGGUACUAAACGUAACGAUACCGUACGAGAUUGAUUGAAACGACAGCACCGACAGCACCCUCAUACGACGACCCAUAAAUCAUAGUUAACUCUAAAUGAUGAAAAAUCACAGAUUUAUUAUAUCAUAUCGAGUGUGGUGCAGACGGAGAGAUACGCGGCGAUACUUAAGUGAUGUGGUGUAUGUGUGUAUAAUAUGUAAAACUUACGGCCCUUACGGUCUAUGAUAUCGAUAUCGAGAUGUGUAUGUGUGCACGCGUGUGCACAUCCACGUAAUUAAUUACACUAUAUAUUAUUACAAUCUGCGGAAAAAUUGUAACGAAGGAUAAUCAAAAUGUACAUGUGUUUAAACGAUAUGUAAGGAUAAGUAAGACGGUGUUGUUGUCCCAUAUCAUUGAAACUCAGUGUUAACGAUGUAGAUGUUUAAGGGAUGUCAACGAAAGUUCAAUCGAAAAUUUAUUUUCGCAAAUCAAUGUUGGAACGAAGCUCUUAAUGAAGAUGUGCACAUGUACGGUUCUUACUCGCUUGUUCUUACAUUAAUGCCGAUUUUCGUUUCAGUUCACCUAUUCGUGAACAUUGAAAAAUAUCAAGAGGCUCUGACUUCUAUUGCAUUCUUUCAUUCAACAUUGGUUCUUGCCAAUCCGAUAAUUGGAACGAGUCUUGUGACUGGAUUCCUUGAUAAUUCCUCGAUAACCGGCAGACUCUUGUUUAUGAUCAAGAAGGCAUGCAGGAGGAAUCGCAAGGAUUCGAAGAGAGUAAUUUUUACUUAAUAGAGCGGGAAUCAUACAUUAGUAUGAAAGAGACACUUUAACUAUAGUUGUGCCAUUCAUACACUUUUUGUCAAUAUAAUUGCUUCAUCGGUCUCUCGCCUCGAAUGCCAGCGAGAUGAGUCUCGCUGCGAGACAUGACGAGACGGUUGUGCCUUUGCGAGGGCUAAGUCAAAUAUAUCACGAAAGGAAACGAUACUGUUUCACGAGGGAAGUCUAUAAUCGGCCUAGAUACAUAUACAACGUCAGGAAUAUUUAAGCAGUUUGAAUUCGUCUUUAUCAUGCGUGAACAAACAAUGUAUUAUUCGAUCUCGUACUUGUACUUUAUUUAUUAUAUAUUUAUUAUAUAGCAUUCGUGCCGUUGCACAUACGUUCAAUAUAAUACGUUCAAUAUAAUGUAACUAACGUGUAAUAUAUAUAUAACGAUUACUCGAAUGUCCUAGCUAUUUUUUCUUCAGAAAUAAAAUGACGAUAAGUUACACAAAAAUGAAAAACUGAGAUAAAGAAAUAAGUUCAAGAUAAUCUCAAAUGAUAUAAGCAAAAAGUACAAGCGCGAACGAGAUAUUCGUGGCAAAAGUAAAGAGAAGUCGAUGAAACUUUGGACGCAAGUCGCGGAUCAGUUCGAUCACGAACGGACGUACGUGCUCCGUCGAAAGUUUCGUCGCAUGAAGAUUAUCGCAUGGACAAUCUUCUUGUAAGAAAAUGCAAUCAUGUACGCUUUAAAUGGGAGACUUCUCCUUUGUAAGUAGCUGAGCACGUUCUAGGCACGUUUUCUACUAGCCUUUGAAGUGACCUAAACGUAACUACUAUUACUGUUACUAUUACCAUUAUUCUGAUACCAUUAGUUAUCGUCAUCGCGAUUGUUGCUAUUACUGUCACUAGUAUCUCGCUAUUGUUGCAACUCUCUCUCUUCUGGCCAUAAAAAGCAUGAGUGCUGCACCGAUAAAAUCGAGACGAGAAUCUGCACUUUGCAAUUCUGUAACGAGUUUUAUAAACCAUGAUAUAUAUGACAAUGAUCUAUAAUAAUCAAAAGUUACUGAUGAUGAUAAAUCAAUUUUUUGGUCUCUAAAAUAUUAUUUUAUCAAUAUUUGAAUUGAAUUGCAUUCAAUAUUUUUUCAUGUUUAAAUCUUUAUCUUUUUGUUCGUACGUUUAUAAAUAUCGUAAUUAUACUUUUAGUUUAUUAAUUCUACUUAUACGCGCGUUCAUUUUUAUUGAUACACUCUUAUAGAAAUACAUAAAAAUUUAUAUAUUUAUUUUUAUAUGCUUAUAUGUAUUUAAAUUAUUUAUAUGUUUAAAAACAAUUAUCUGAGAACAAAGUUUAACCAUUUCACAUGCUGUGCUUCUCUCACUUCUCUGAAAUUCUCUGAAAAUCUUCUAGCAAUGUUUGGCAAAGCUCGAGCUUAAUCUUAUAAAAUCUCCAAAAAACACAUAUAUACUUUACAUAUACAUACACACGCACACAAAUAAGCAACAAAUACAAAUACACACGUGCAUGCGCAAUAGUUAUACAUACGUUGUAUCAACCUUGACAAUCGAAAUUACUAAUUCAGAUAUACGCUAUGAGAAUCUCUAGAAGUUAAUAAUAUAUCGUAUUUAUUAUAAUUUAUACUAUUGCGAGCCGUGUGUAAAAUCUUUCUAGAGGCAACACACACGUACACAUGCAGCGCGAAUUAUUGCAUAAUUGUAUAUUCGAUAUAUUAUAAAUUAUCAGGCCGACUAGUUACAGAUUAAACUUAUAGAAUUUUUAGAAAAAUGAUCGAUGAAUCACUUGAAAGGAAGUAGUCUCUCUUUUUCCUGAAAUGAACAUUAACGCGAUUUGGUCGCCUCGUCGAGAAUGCUACUAAUUAAGAGUUACGAGCAACGGUCUCUUCCCGUACAUAUCUGUGUUGUACUCUUUCUAACGUCUAAUUGUAAGUGUCAGGGACAAUCUCAUGGAAUUGCGCGCGUGUCUUCACGUGGGUCAAACAUCAGCGAUCAUUUUUCCGGUCUGUCUAGGAAGUGAGCUCAUAUCAGCAUUUCGACGAUAUAAAUCAAUUUUAUAUUCGCUCGAAUUUACUUCAAGUUCUUCUCAAUUAAAUAACAUUAAUCGCGUUAAUAACGCUAAAACAUUAUAUAACUGGAAGUUAAACCGACACAUCGAUGAUAUAUCGCACUUUACUUCGUGACAAAACACUGUGCAAGAAAAGACGAGGAAAAUCGCCACUUGAUGCUAAUAUUGUAGCUCCCUUUUCGUCCACGACGCUUUGUUCGUGACCGCGAACGUUACAAUUUCUGUCAUACUCGAUCAUAUCUUGGCAUAUUUCCCGAGAAGAUAAAUCUCAUGAGGAUGAUUCAUGCGGUCGGCAAUAAAACAAUGAUCGCGAUUUCUUAAUAGCGACUGCUCAAGUACGGCCUAAAACCACAAACCGAAAGAAUAUAGCGAGACGAACGUCUACCCACGAAUGCUUGAUCCUCGUAGAUGCGCGAUUAAUUGUUACAUACGUACGCAUAAGUACUAAUCGUUAAAAAUUAAUGAUUUGUAAAAUGUGUAAUUAAAACGAAGCAAGUACGCGACUGGCUUCGUGAGGAGAAGAGAAAGGCGAAAAACGGAAACGUACGUGGGAGAUCUUAAACGAGUUACAAUAAUCAUUCGGGACCCAAAUAAUUUUCGCCGCAGAACACCAUUAGGAACUGAUAGUUAAAUGUGUUUCUAGCGAUAAUCAUCCAGCAGAAACUGAUUUAGGUCUGACUAAAGUGAUCCCAUGUUGUUUGAAAUGUUCUUUCGUGAUUAGGAGCAAGUUCUUGGUCUCGACUUUCUCUCACGUUUCUCUCGCGUCUACGGCACUUAUCAUUCUGCUCGAGGUAACUCGAGAUUCCGCACGUACUGAAGCAAUCGAGCUGUCCUUUCCAAUAUCCUCCGAGUUUCGUCUUUCUGAUAUCGUUAGUAAUGGUAGGAUACUUAUACAAUUAGACAUGUUGACCCAGUGAAAAGGAAUUGUGCAAGAUGACGGCAAGAUGAAAGGGAAAUGACGAUGACGAAAAAGCGCAAAAUGUCCCAUACGUUGAUCGUCACGGUGUUUUCUCCCUCUGAUUAGUCGGCCGCCAAGUGACAUUCGCCAUUAAGUUGAAAUGAGUCGCUGUGUAAAUUAUAGAAUAAAGGUUCAGUUAAAUUAAUUGUAGAACCAGGAUUAAUGUAAACGCAAGAGUACAAAUAACUUACACGGAAUAGGAAAGGAAGUUAAAAUAAAGAAAGAAAUUAUAUAAUUAAUAAUUAUACAUAUAUAAUUAUAUAAUUUCUUUCUUUUUUAUAAUUAAUUUAACUGAACUUUUAUUCUAUAAUGGACAAUUUACACGACUCAUUCAACUUAAUAUGAAUACCACAUUUGAAUAACGUUAUCGUCAUCUCUCUCUCAUUUUGCCGUCAUUUUGCACAAUUUCUUUUCACUGGGGAAAGAUUCUGCCAUUUUCUCAUCAGCCAUAGGAAUGGCAGUUUAAAGAAUGUUUCACUCGUGUACAGUAAGCUGAUUUCCCUCGGUUGUAACAUAUGUCAUGAGCUGUCGAGUUUACGAAUUUACGUGGAAUUUUAUGCAUUUUAUAAAAUUUUAUUUGUGCGAAGCAAAGCAGCGAGUUCGUACUGUACUUAUAUAUAAAUAUACUAUAUAUUACACACACACACACACACACACACACACACACACACACACACACACACACACACACACACACACACACACACACACACACACACACACACACACACACACACAUAGAUUACUUACGUAGAUUGUAAUAUUCGUCCGCUCUAAAAAUGAAACUGAAUUUUAUCAUUCUAUUUUCAAUACUGCAACUUUUAGUAAAUAUCUAAUAUUGAAAAGGCGUUCACAUUUUUUUACAGAUAUAUUUUAGAUGAUUAGUUUUAAUCAGGAGCGUUAGAAAUUGUUAUAUAAAUUUAAUAUAUUUUUAGAUAAGGCAAUUGUGUUAUCCGAUAAAGUUACAUGAUUCUUAGUUAUAUUUCAAUGUCAGAGAGCUAUGCGAACGAUGUGAUUAUAGACGUGUCGGACUCUGGAGUAGAUCAACGCAAAACGAAACACACUAUGGCCUUGUAAAGCCUUUUACAGAAGGGAUUUCGAUGAUUCUUCUUGCUUUGUCAUUAGAGUUAUUACAAAUUGAAAUUCUUACGAUUUGCGAGCGAUCACGCGUACCUUCACGCGAUGAAAGAUACGAUUCGCGUGGCAAAGAAAAAAAUGUAGCAACACGGAAGAGACACCCUUAACGUAGUUAAGACAUAGAUACGAUGUGUCGUGAUAUAUCAAACUCAAUGUGAUGUUCCCUGCAUGUUGAAUGUUGAUCGUCGCGCAUGUGGAUUAGAGUCACAGCGUGGUAGAAUUACGGGUUAAUACGAGAGUACGAAUAAUUAGCGAUUAAGUGAAAUACUGCGAUCUACUUUCAAUUGGUUUUGUGGCAAUAGGUAAUUACAUAACAGUCUUGAAUGAUGCACCAAGUGAUUAAGUAUCGAUUCGUCGAUGAUGCGAGAAAAUUCCUGAGGUGAUACCACGCAUUGUAUUAUACAUGAGAUGUUCUGAGAGGAUCUGUGUAUCCACAUGUAAGAAUUUUAUUCUCAAUAUUAAAACAAGAAAAAAGGAACAUGGAAAAAGUCGAGAUUAUUAUAUUAUUCAUGGAUAAUCAAACUUAAAUUCACCGAAAUUGUUCAAAAAUGCUGUAAGUGCGCAAUAGAAGAAUGAAGUAAGUUUAUAAUUUGCAAACUCUAUUUUGGAUAUAACUAUUUAUAUUUAAUGCGGAACUUGCAAAUUGUAAAGUUGCUCUUAUCACCGAACGCUUCAUAUUAUCUAAGAGUUUAUAUAUUAUCAUCAGAAAAGAAUUAAGAAUUGUGCGUAGUUACAAAUGCUAUAAUAACUAGAUAAACAUUUUAAUAUUUUCAAAGUAAAAUACUACAAAUUUAAACAUUUUAAUUUGUUUGACUUUUCGCGAAUAUUGAUUUGUCCUAAACUUAUUUUUAAACCUAUACAUAUUGAUGUGUUAGCUUUACAAAAAUAACCUUGUAAGUAAAAAAAGGAAUUAUUUAAAAAAAUACUAUUUUUAAGAAAUAUUAUAUUUUCUCACUUAAGAUCUCUUUAUUUUUUCAAACUGUCUGUAGCAGAAUAUUGAAAAAACAAUUCUUGAUAGCAAAAUUUUUAGAGUUUCAGUACAAAAUAAAAGGAAAGAAAAUAUAAAAAUUGUCUCAGAAGUGUCUCAUGAUCGAUGAAUCCAAAAUGUUCUUCUCUUAUAAAUUAGUUAACAAGUUAAACUUUAAUUAAUUGCUGCUAACAGAUGCAAACGAGAACAAGCGAAUUCACUCGUCCUUCUUCUCGUUCGUAUACUUCUCUGUCUUAAAAAUACUAGCCAAUGUUUAAACAUGUAAACGCAAUUGGUGUUGAAAAAAUUUGCAAAUCUGCGUUUGCUUUCUUGCAAUCUUUUAUCACGCACACUUAAAAAUCUUAUUGCGCUGUAAAGCACAAUAUCGUAUUUAAUAUAUAUUGUGUAUCUGU